AUGCUGGAAAUCGAGGACUGCCCAUGGUGCCCUGGAGUUUCAGAAACCAUGCACCACGCCCUUUUUGCUUGCCAAGCGGUACGUGACUUGUGGAGGGAGUGUGACUGUGAGGACCUAGUAUGUGAGGAUGAAAAUGCAGAUUUCAAAGACAUACUUGAAAAGUGGCAGAAACUGGAUGCCUCCGUGAGAAAACGUGGAGCAGCGUUGCUAUGGUGGACUUGGAAUAGGCGCAAUGAUAAAGUCUUUAAUAAUAAAGACAUCCCACAUUUGCUGGUCCGCGAAAGAGUGAAUCGGCUCGUCGAGGAACAAGGAAAGUAUAGCAAUCGCAUCUACAACCGUAUAAGCAACACCUCCCCAAUCAGCCCCAGGACUUGGAAACCCCCUCCUUCUGGUUUUGUCAAGGUUAAUUGCGAUGCUUCGCUGAGCGAACAAGGGUGGAUUGGCCUAGGGGCAACAGCAAGAGACUCACAAGGAGCUAUAAUCUUUGCAGGAACUCGAAGAGUCAGAGGGAGAUGGCCUCCAGAAAUCGCAGAAUGCAAAGCAAUUCUCUUCGCAGUCAAACUCGCCAAGAGGUAUGGACUAAACAAAGUGAUAGUUGAGUCUGAUAACCAGUCAAUAAUCUCACGCCUCACUAAGUGGACUACCUACUUCUCGGAUUUAGAUGGUGUUCUAGAUGAUAUUCUGUUUCUCAGCUCCUCCUUUGAAUUUGUUGCUUGGUCUCAUGUUAAAAGAGACGGGAACUUUGUUGCCCACCAUCUAGCUAGAUUAUUGCCGUUCGGAAUCGAACAAGUUUGGGAGUAUUCUUAUCCUGUGAAUAUAUCCCCAUAUGUACUCAUGGACUCUUUAGCCAUUGAUUAA